AUGUACUGGUACUUUGGUUCAACAAGCGACGCAUCCCUGCUGAUCUCGAACUUCUUCGGAAGGGUGGCUCCCCAAAACGGGAUCCCAGAGGGCGUCUAUGAUAUCGACAAUGACUUCAGUCUGGUCAUUGAGAACGUCACCGCCUCCAAUGAGGGAACCUACUACUUCCAGGUCAAACCGCGUUCGAAAGAGGUAGAAUCAGGAAGCGUAGAGGUCUGUGACAAGGUCUCCCCAAGUCGUCCAUAUCCUACAGUCAUCGGCUGCAAUCAAGACCACGACGCAGACACGUGUGAGGUGAGAGUACGACACGACAGCACGGUGCAUUACCUGACCUGCGUCAUGGAGCAGGUCAAACCUGCCGUGCAAUUGAGAUGGAUCCAUCUGUUUCUUGGCGGACAGACGGAACUCAGCGCCUACAGAACUGUCAGGCCUGUAGUUCUACCGGCCUACACGGGGUCGUCUUUGAGAAACAACACCUCUUCAACUUCAGCAUCAGUCCACUUGACAAGAGUUGACGAUGAGGAAGUCUACGAGUGCGAGGCAGUGGGUGUCGCUGUAGGGAACAGUACUCGCACAAGGGUGUACCUUACCAAAACUCACCCCACAACGGCAACUCACCCCACAACGGCAACUCACCCCACAACGGCAACUCACCCCACAACGGUAACUCAUGACACAACUUACAAUGAAGUUCAGUUCUCCAAUAAUCCACGUAAGUAG